CAAAGGAGACCAGUUCAUCGGUGAACGGCGGGCGGAACGUUUCGCCCGCUCACUUUUACGGCCUCUGGCCCCUUCCCUGUUACCUAUUUCGUUUAUUUAUCAUUUUCACAUUUCUUUAUUGUUCCACAUUCAAUCACGUAUUACCCAGUUGUUGAAAAUACCCAAGGGGAAAUUCCGAGGAGAGUGAAUCCCGUGAGCGAUUAAGAGGACGCGGAAAACACCGAAGAGACAGAUAAAACAAAUGCUGUAAAGAUGCCGUCCCUGUUGGAGGCCCUCGAGUUGAAAUACGGCAGUACAACAAAUGACUGCUCAGAGUGUUCCCUGACCGACGAAGAAACCGAGUUGUCUGGUUCACCAAAAACAGCACUGUCCGUCAGCAUAUUCAUCCCAAAAAAAUCACCACGUCAUACAGUGCCAGCACUCCUUGUCCUCCAGGAUUGUGACAUUGAGUGUGCGGGUAAUGACGCGGAAAAACUCAAGAAUAAAUGUAAAAAUGUGGAAGAACUGGACCUUGCGCAGAAUAAAUUGUCACAGUGGGACGAGGUGUUCGGUAUACUCGAGCACAUGCCCAAAAUUAAAUUCGUUAAUUUGAGUUUUAAUAGUCUCGCUGAGGAACUUGAGGUCAAGCGAGGAAGGUUCGAGUCCCUGAGGAAUCUCGUGUUAAACGGCACCAGAGUACCUUGGACAACGGUCCAGGACCUUGUCAGACUGCUCACCAAUUUGGAAGAGCUCCAUUUAUCCUUGAACGAGUUCAAAACCGUCGAUCUCGAUCACAGAAACCCAGAGAACGUCAACAGAUCCCUGAAGAAGCUUCAUUUUACAGGAAAUCCCAUAGAGUCCUGGUGUGAAAUAUCAAAACUGGGAUACGCCUUUCCUAUUUUGGAGAGCCUAGUGCUCGCUGAAUGUCCCAUCAGGUCUCUUGCUCUCGAGGACAACAGAAACUACGAUGAUACAAAUUUGUGCCAAAGCAAGGGCUCCAGCGAGAGAUCUGAGGAUGAGAAUGAAAAUGUCGAGAGACAUGUCAAGGAGUCAGCGAAUGGAGUUGAAGAGAGGAUAUUUGGGGAUGAGAAGAGUUAUAACAGAUCUGAGAGUGAGUGCGAGAGCAGUGGAAAUAAGGUGGGUACAUCACAUGAUCCAUUCAGGAUGCUGAGGUUUCUCAAUGUCAAUGGGACUCUGCUGUCCACUUGGGAUGACGUAGAGAGACUCGCGAGAUUUCCUGCAAUGAAGGCCCUCAGAAUGCAGGGCUGCCCCUUGUUCGAGAGCCCACGUGAGUACACUGAGCACGAGAGACGACAAUUGCUCAUUGCCAGACUUCCUAAUGUGGAAACACUCAAUGGUGGAGGAGUCAUUUCCUCGCAGGAGCGCGAGGACGCUGAGAGGGCAUUCAUCAGGUAUUAUAUGGAUAAACCAGAAGCUGAUAGGCCGGAAAGAUACGCAGAGCUAGUCAGCAUCCACGGAAAGCUAGACCCUCUCGUUCAUGUUGACUUAACACCCGAGAAGAGAGUGAAGGUGAAGUUUACUUAUGGAGAUCUCGUCGAGGUACGCAGUGUCGAUGUGUACAGAACAGUAUUCGAGCUGAAGACGAAAUUGGAGUCGAUGGUGAAAAUUCCGGCCAAUAGAAUGAGACUUUUCUACGUUGAUCAGGUAAUGAAAGCACAAUAUGGUCCAGAAGAGAUGCUCUACCCGAAUAAGCAGCUGUACAGAUACAACAUAAGAAACGGCGAUGAAAUAAUAAUCGACAGCAAGUUGAAUCGUUUCGCAUCGACGUCCAGCACCUCCUCAGUUCGAUCCUAAAUGAACUCUGGGUGUAAAAAAAAA